AUGGCACAAGGUGUUUCCUCCCAUACUGACCUUGCUUAUUCUCCCCAGGCCCAAGAUUCCAAAAUUCCCUGGCUCCCCACGACCACCUCCUCCACCUCCCAAGAUCAAGAGAGGUACCUCCUUCCAGAUGUUCCUUGGCACUUGCCCCUGGUGGAUCCUGAGCUCCUGGGGGACCCAGUGCUGUCUCACCCACCCCCAGCUCUACUCCCCUACCAUCCUCAGAAGGCAUCUCCACCACUGACCCACCUCCAGAGUGACCGUGCUGCUCUCAGCAGCCGAGGGCCAGCAUCAGGGGCUAGUCCUGUGGCUGUCCUGACUUCACCAAAGGGCCUGUUCCGGCCAGGCCGAGACACCAGGAGAUCCCCAGAGAGCCGCCAGUCUGUCACCUGGGGAGCCAAGAUGAGCUGGCUUCUGACAGGGUACGCUUCUCCAGCGCCCUGUCCCAGCGAUCCUGGAGACCGCUUCAUCCCCUCCAGAACUGGAUCCGACUGGAGCCUGAAAUUCCAGAGAGCAGAAGACGCUGAGAAGUCACCGAGGCAGACGGGGGAACCCGGAGGAGGGGACGCUUUGGGCACCAGCAGAGAGAUCCCGGUCUACUCCGCCUUACUGAAGAACGAGCUGCUAGGAGCUGGCAUCGAGAGAGUCCAGUAUGCCUGGAGAGGGGGGCAAUGGCUGCUGCAGCCGGGCACCCCAGCGAAGCAGGACCUCUUUGUGUAUUCUCCGGGCCCCAAGGGCCGGGGACCUGACGCUGCCGGGAGCGAAGCCUCUCAGUUUGCCUUGUCCUCCAUCAGCCCCCAAAGCCAGGCCUUACUCAGGUUGCAGAAGAAGCCCUCGAGAAAAGUCCCCCCAAAGCCUUUCAAAAUCCUGCGGGCCCCGGAGCUGCAGAACAACUUCUGCCUCAACCUACUGGACUGGUCUCCCCUCAACAUCGUCUCUGUAGCCCUGGGCUCCCGGGCCUUUCUGUGGAAUGCCGUUACGUACCAGGUGACCAGGCUGUGUGACCUGGCUGUGGAGGGCGAUUCCGUGACCUCCACGUGCUGGUCCAGAGAGGGGAAUUUGCUGGCAGUCGGCACGCACAACGGCUUCGUGCAGAUCUGGGACGUGGCAGCGGAGAAGAAGGUGUCCGUGCUGGACGGGCACCGAUCCCGAGUCGGUGUGCUGGCCUGGAAUCAGGAGCAGAUUUCUUCCGGGAGCCGAGACGCCACGAUCAUCCAGAGAGACUUCCGCACCCCGGCCCUGCAGUCUGAGCGCCAGCUGCAUGGCCACAGCAGGGAGGUGUGUGGGCUCCAGUGGUCCACGAAUGGCCGCCUGCUGGCCUCCAGUGGCAGGGACAACACCAUUCUGCUGUGGAACCGCUCCAGCCUGCAUCCCGUGCAGCAGUACACCAGACAUAAGGGGGCCGUGAGGGCCAUCGCGUGGUCUCCCCACCAGCAAGGCCUGCUGGCGUCGGGGGGCGCAGCCACUGACCGCAGCAUCCAUUUCUGGAACACGCUGACGGAGCAGACCCUGCACAUCAUCCAUACCGGCUCCCAGGUCUGCAACCUGGCCUGGUCCCGACACAGCAACGAGCUGGUCAGCACCCAUGGCUCCCCGGAGAACCAGGUCGCCAUGUGGAAGUACCCCUCCCUGACCCAAGUGGCCAAGCUCACGGGCCACACCUGCCGCGUCCUCUAUCUCACCACGUCUCCAGAUGGUCAGGUCAUAGCCACGGGCGCGGCUGACGGCACUCUGAGGUUCUGGGAUGUCUUUGUCAAACCCCGUCCGAGGAGGCCAUCCCCGUCUGUCCUCGAUCUCUUCAGUCACGUGCGGUAA